AUGGCAGGAGGCAACAACAGGCAAAGGAAGUCCGCCUUCAAGUCGGUGCUCAACAUUUUCAAAUCCAACAGCAGUAGGCACAGAUCGUCAUCAGAUGCCUACUACUACGACGACGGGCCCAACAAGGCCACAUCGUGGACCAAGGUGUGGCCCAGUGACGAGGACAGAGGCCGGUGGGGAGUAGCCGAUCCUGUCAUCGACACCAAGGCCACAACCUUCAUUGCUCAGUACAAGAAACCACGAACCAUACCUCAGCCGGGUCUGUUAGUUAUUUCAGAUAGGCAUAAUGGCAUCAAGGCAGCACUCGAGGCUCCGGAUGGGGGAUGGCUACCCCCAGCUGCGUACCGGGCGUUCUGCAUUCGACACGUUGCAUCGAAUUUUGCAUUGACGUUCAAGGGAAAAGAUGCCCGGAGGCUUCUUGUUAACGCCGCAUAUGCGAAGACUGAAGUGGAGUUCGACUACUGGUUUGACAUUAUGCGCUCUGAGAAUCCGGCAAUGUGUGACUGGGCGAACCGAAUCGAGUAUUCGUUGUGGACACAGUACUGUGAUGCGGGUCGGAGAUUCGGGCACAUGACGACCAAUAUUUUUGAAUGUGUCAACUCAAUCCUGAAGGGGGUAAGAAACCUCCCUGUUUGCUCGCUGGUGAAGGCCACAUACGGAAGGCUAGCUGAGCUAUUUGUCCGUAAGGGAAGGGAGGCCGAGGCUCAGAUGGGUACUGGACAACAAUUCAGUCAAUACCUAGUAAAGUGUAUCAAGGCCAACCUGAAGACAGCCAGGUGCUUCACGGUGACUGUUUACGACAGGGAUAACUCGGAAUACACCGUUGCUGAGACGACUCCGACAGGUUCAUUCUCCCUUGGUACGUACAGGGUCUCAUUAGGGUCUAAGACUUGUGAUUGUGGAUACUUCCAAGCACUUCAUUUUCCCUGUCCACACGCACUGGCAUGUUGUGCUUAUUCACGACUUACAUGGCAGCCCUACGUCCACGAGGUCUAUCGCCUGAGUUCCGUUUUCGGUGUCUAUCAGAUGGGAUUUACACCUCCCAUUCCAGAGGAUUUCUGGCCACCUUAUGCAGGGCCAACCAUUAUACCGGAUCCGAAUAUGAGGCGUGCGCGGGAGGGUCGUCCUAGAUCCACAAGAAUCCGCACCAACACGGAUGAAGCAGAUCCGAACCAGCCAAAGAGAUGUGGCCUCUGCAGGCAGCCAGGUCACACCAGGCAUAGUUGUCCACAAGGCGCUGGCCCCAGCGGGACUGCUGGAAAUCAAUAG